AUGUCUGCCCCACUCAAACAUCCGAACACUGUGGUUCUUCAGCCACCAACGGUGACAAUUUCACCACUGAUCCGUUUCGGACGUUAUGCGGCCCUCUCGCUUGGAGUCGUUUACGGAUUCUUCCGUCUCCGCCAGAUUCGCGAGUACCACGCUGAUAUCCGUGAGUGGGAGCACGAGAAGGCUGUUGUCGCUGCCGAGGAGGCCGCAAAGAAGAAGAAGUGGCUUGCCAAGGACGAGAUGAGAUACCUUAUGCAGGUCGUCAACAUUCCUUUCGAGGAGGGAGUCAAGCAAUUCGGAGUUGCCGAUCUCUACAAGGACGAUUAA